AUGGUGCAGAUGAUAUGUGAGGUACGGGCUGCAUCCCUUCCAGUCAUUGCCGCCGAGAUACGCAACAUUCGAGGGAUUCCGGCCGCACUCGCCGAUGAUGUUGUCGAUUAUGCCCUUGCACCAGCCGUCGCCGGUGUUCUGGCCUGUUGGUUCGAUUUUGACAACCUCCCCCUGCUCGCCCUGACCCUCACCCCUCUCACAACCUCCAUUGCAAUCCCCCACACAACAGCCCUCGCCGCCCACGAGACAACCAAGGCUACCACCACCAUCCUCACAGCACGCGCCGACGAACCGCCCUACCUCGGCUUCCGGCUGCUCGGCGGCCUGCGCAUCGUCCCCGCGCUGCGCGCCCUGUGGGACGACAACGGCGCCGUCAUGGCGCGCAGCUUCUACACGCAGUUUGUCAACCGGUGGGACGACCUCUUGACCGGCUGGAACUUGGAUGAGACUUUCCUCGCGCUGUAUAAGGAUCAUCCGCUGAGUGGGAUUGUGGGGUUGCAGUUUGAGUGCCACGACAAUACACCAGAGUAUUACCAGACGGUGGUCGAUGUGAUCAAGGGCUAUUUCGAAGAACAUAACAACAGAAUCAAGGUGGACGUGUACCCGGUCGAGGAUGCGUUUAAUGUCGGUGGGAGAUUGCAGGUGAUGCCGAUGAAACGGGAUCUGGAGGAUGCUGGGGAUUCUGGACUGGUCGAGAGACAGUCAAGUUGCGCUGCGUUUGACUUGACCAGUACGUUCAGUUCGCAUAUUCGGUGGCAGCCUGACGCGGAUAUCUACGGGAUCCCGAUGUGUGCUAUGCCGAGAUCUUGA